AUGGCAGACCCAGAAAAGAAAGAGGAACCCCAAAGUGGCCCAAUGCUAUCUGAAAACUUCCAGGAAAGCAUGGAUACAGCAGACCAAUCUUCUCACACUAGCGAUCACACUAGCGAUCACACCAACGAUCAAGGCGGUCUGACCCCAGAGCAAGAAGAUAGGAAGAGGCUUUACGUCCUCUGCGGUUCAGCACUGAUGCAACUCCCCCUCUGGGGCUUUUGCUUGAGCUAUGGUGUUAUUGAAGAAUACUGGACCAAGGACUGGACCCUCCAAGGAGACAAAGCCAUCACUGGUAUUGUGGGCACCACAUCCAACGGUGUCAUUUACAUCUCCAUGCCGUUUCUGUUUGCCAUCUUUACUCGGUAUUGGGCCCGUUAUCGUAUCUGGGCAGAGCUUGUCGGCAUCGCCAUUGCGUUCCUUGGGUUUAUCCUGUCUUCGUUCAGUACUCAGGUUUGGCACCUACUGGUAACCCAAGGUAUACUGGCUGCAUUCGGGUGUACGCUCGUAUAUAGUCCGGCGACAUGUUCCCUCGGAGAAUGGUACGCCAAUCGUAACCGAGCUGUAGCAUACGGCAUUAUUCUCUCCUGCAGAAACAUUGUCGGAUCUACCUGUCCGUUCCUUAUGCGAUACCUUCUUGACCAGUAUGGCUUCCGGUGGACAAUUCGAAUCUGGGCUUUCAUCGUGGCCGGCUCUGGUCUGCUCUCCAUUUGUCUUGUGCCAGUACACCCUUCCAAGAUGACGCCCCGCAGUGAGAAACCCCCUCGUAUACCGUGGACCUUUCUUAAGCACCGUGGUAUAUACAUAUAUUUCGUUGCAGUUACCCUUCAAAGCGCAGGGUAUUGUCUCCCGCAGACCUAUCUUCCGACCUUCGCUAGCGAAUUCAACAACUCUAGCCAAGCUAUCUCGACCCUUCUUCUCACCUUACACAACAUCCCAGGCAUUUUCUCGUGCUUCUUCUUUGGCUGGCUUACGGACAACAAGUAUCACCAAUUCUCCGCUGCAAGCACGACCUGCCUAUCCGCAUUCGCCUCAUCUGCGUCAGUCUUGUUGUUCUGGGGCUUAGCUAUCCAGGAUAGCGUUGCCAUGGUUCUUGUUUUCGCAAUCUUCUUUGGCUUCUUUGCUGGCGGUUACAGUGCAACGUGGGGAGGCGUCGUGAAAGAGCUUGAGGCCGAAGCGGAAGACCAUGGCGAGACUAUCGACUCCAGCCUGACUUAUGGACUGCUCAAUGGAGCGCGAGGUAUUGGGUUUGUGAGUGGUGGCCUUGUAAGCAUCCCAUUACUGGACUCGGGACAUCCUGGCUGGGGCGGGAGAUUUGGCUACGGAACAAAGUAUGGUCCCCUUAUGGUAUUUACCGGAAUUGCUGUAGCGUUUGGUGGCUUGGGGAUGCUGCGGACGUUCAGGUUCCAUCGCCAGAAGACUGCUUCUUCGGCCUAG